UGCAGAUCUAACUAAUGGAUUAGAGGUGCAGCGUUCCCAUUCAGUAGCUACGCAGACCUGCAAGAUACCUGAUGUAUCAGAAGAACCACCAUCACAAUUACCAGAACAAAGGGCAGAAGCAAACUCAGCUUCCUCCAUGGUUAAAGAUCCAGUUCUUACGACUAUUUCUUCUCCUAAACUUUCUGGACCUAAUUUCCCUACUACAUCUUCUAAGAGAGAACUUUUCUACAACAAUCCACUGGAAGCCUUGCCCAAGGGCGCACCUCAUCCACCUGCUGCUGUUCGUAUUUUAAGUGGUAGCAGCCAGGUAGCUGUUUUCUCCAAAACAGCAAAAACUUACACUAGGUCCAAUAAGAUAAGAACUGGUUCUCUGGAUUUGAAUGCCCAAGUUCCUUUAAGGUUGGCAGCAAAUGAAGUUGAGAGUAAAAGGAGCCCGCCCACACUGAGCACAGUGGCCACUCAGACUACUGAGCUGCUGGUGUUCCCAGCUGCUCCGGUGGAAUCUGCCUUGUCUGUCCAGCCUGCAAAGCCCACUUUGGUGCCACCACCUUCUGGCAGAAAUGUUCUACUGGAAAAUCCAUUGGGAAGUGGCCUCAAUCCUAUCCCUUCCACGUCAGUUCCAAACCUGGCCUCAAGACAAGUUAGGAAUAGUGCUGCUGCUGCUGUGUCCGCUGCUGUUGCCAUACGGGCCAGACUCUCUGAUCACAAUACCUAUCGUUCUCUCUUGGAUGCCCUUCUUAUUACUCCUAUUAUUAAGCCACCACCAAUGGAAAGUGGAAGACCAUCAAGGAAAUCAACAAGUGUUUUGGAGAUGCAAAGAAACUGGACAUUUGAUUCUCUGGAGCCAACACAGCUUGGUGCAUAUAGUGGUGCCACAGUAAGGAGCAUGCCUGAAAAUGGCACAGAUAAGCCAGUUUCUGCCAGUACAGCAUCUGGACCAGCCCUCAGGCCAACAGGACCUCAGUAUGCUGUCAAAACUUCAGGCUGGCAACCUUCUCAUCAAGCAGCUGGAAGUGGAUUGACAUCGAACAAUAGUGCAAGACCUGGAACAACUGAAAAAGCUUCAGCACCAGCGCCACUAACAGAUGAAAACACUUUGGUUCAGAGAGCAGAGCAUAUUCCGGCUGGAAAGCGAACUCCAAUGUGUGCUCAGUGCAAUCAAGUGAUCAGGGGCCCUUUCCUGGUGGCCUUGGGCAAGUCUUGGCACCCAGAAGAGUUUAAUUGUGCCCACUGCAAAACCUCAAUGGCUUACAUCGGCUUUGUGGAAGAGAAAGGAGCCCUUUACUGUGAGGGCUGCUAUGAGAAGUUCUUUGCACCUGAAUGUGCCCGAUGCCAGAGGAAAAUACUUGGAGAAGUAAUAAAUGCCUUGAAGCAAACCUGGCAUGUGUCCUGCUUUGUGUGUGUGGCCUGUCACAAACCGAUUCGCAACAAUGUUUUCCAUUUGGAAGAUGGGGAUCCCUACUGUGAGACAGAUUAUUAUGCCCUCUUUGGUACCAUGUGCCAUGGCUGUGAAUUCCCCAUUGAAGCUGGGGAUAGGUUCCUGGAAGCCUUGGGCUACACUUGGCAUGACACCUGCUUUGUGUGCUCAGUAUGCUGUGACAGUCUGGAGGGGCAAAGUUUCUUCUCCAAAAAAGACAAGCCCCUGUGCAAGAAACAUGCUCACUCUGUGAACAUCUGAAGCAUUAAAAGUUGCUAAAAGAAGCAGAAUGACAGGAAGAGAUGCUGGGUGUUGGUUUUCAGUAGGCUUACUGGAAUAUUUAUGUAGACUUUUUAAAGUGUAGAAGUGAAGAUGUGGGAAGGAAUAAGUUUUAUGGUUUUCAUGUACUGCAAUGGGGAGUAUUUAGGGUAACCUACAAUAGUAAUGUCAGAUGAAAUGCAAGAGACAUUCUCUCGUAAUGAGAGCAAACAUUCAGGAUAAAGCAAUUUUUAAUUUUUUAUGUUUUGCAAAGGGUAGUACUCACUUUGUAGCUCAACUUGAAUUUUUGUUUUGCCAUAAAUAAUAAAUUGAUUGAUAGGCACAUGGCAGAUCUCAAGUUGGGUUUACUGCUUUGCAGGCUGGGCUGGGUUAAAUUUGGAUGUGUAUCAGUUUGGGCAAAACACGACUAGGUUCCUUCCACUGAUGGAAGCCUUCCAUCAGCAGAAAGGGGAGGGCUGUGAUUUUCAGAAAUCUUCCUCAGUCCUGCACCAAAUAUAGGCACAAAAUUUCUAGAACAGGCUGAAGGAGUAGAGAGGUACAGGGAGGAAGAUGGAUAGUUGAAUUUCACACCCCGUUCUACUGAUAAAAGCCUUCUUCAGCAGAGCAAAGCUAGUUUAAUUCUACCAUUUCAAUGGCAUGUUUUCUGCUUUCAAAAAUGUAACUAGCAACAUGAACCUCUUUAUUGUCACAAAACACUAUAUUCAUGUUCUAAAUAAUUAAGGAAUUUACAAAAGAACUGUGUUUAAUCCUAUUCUUUUACUGCCAUAUGAACAUUUGCCUUUUUGUAUUCAAUUUUUUCCUUAAAUGAUGCAGAGAAAGUGACUAAAACGUUAAACACCAAGUAAUAAGAUACUCGGCCAUGCAGAAAAUAACUUUUAUGAGUGUUCAGAAAGAACAUGCAACUUAGUGGCUCUUAAAAUGUAACCAGGUUUGCUGUAAGAAGCCUGAGGGAUGUGGAUGGGGGAAUAUGACUGAGACCACGUAAGAUUAUCAUGUAUACCAUUUUAUAUAUACUUCUACUUCUGUGUGCACAUAGCACUUCUUUUGGUGUAAGAAUUACAAAAGGGAAGAGUGGAGAUAAAAUAAGUUCUUAGACACAAAUUUAAUGCAUUAUUGCACAAUAAGGCAAAUACGUACUGUCUUUUCUGUUUUCGUCUUUUACGAUUAGUGCCCUUAUAUGUAAUACUUCGUGAAUUACUGAUUUGCCAUUUUAAUACACAGUGCUGGCUUGCCUGCUGCAGUCUGUAAAUAUCUAUAUAUUUAUGAACUAGUUGAACUUCUUUCUAUAGAUCUCAGCCAAGCUACACAUUAAUCAUGCAGCAUGCAGCUGACCCCUCUCUGUUUUUAUGCUAGAGUGUGUACAGCCUUAGUCCAGAUUGGAACCAGCAUCCAUCAAGCUGGGAAGCUUAGUUCUUCCAACCCAUUGUUUCCCCAAUAUGCUACUGGGAAGGGAAAUUUCAGGUAUCAGGUGGCUGAGAGGGAAGGUUUUAAACUGCUAUCUGCUAUCCCAAGACAUAGUGGUUCUGUUCCAGAUAAAGGGUAGUAAAAAACAAAGAAAGUAGUAAAAACUAAGAUCCCUGCUGCAGACGCUCAUUAACACACCUGUCAUUUGAUCCCCACCCUCUCUGUUUCUCCAGAGGUGGAAACAUGCUGUUAUAAACAGCCGAGUGAAGUGUUUCUCACUUUGACAAAAAAGGACAAUUAUUGUUACUCUUACAUUUCUCUUAUGAAACGUGUAGAACUUUUGAAGCAUAUUCCAUCCAACAGUGGGCUGAGGAAUUCCCAAAUGAGCAACCAGUUAAUACAAGUGUUAGCCAAGCAUCUUCUAACCAGGGACUGCAACUGGAUGUGUAUUUUAUGAAGAUUGUGGAUAGUGCUCAUUUGACUUAGUGAAAUCUCAGUGGUCCAGGUUAUCAUAUUAGCUUUUCUAAGGUUUUGGAAUGAAGCAAUCUGGUAAGACUGCUGUAAGGUGGGGCAGGUGGGUUACUAGCCAUGCUUGCCUCAGACACUUCUAAAAAGCGUUUACAAAAGAAACAGUUGGUGCAUUGCGUAAUUAAAUGCCUUGAAUGGGUGUAAAAUACUCAGUUUUCCACAUUAGUCGCUGUAGUGUAGUGACAAAAAAAUCAAUCCUUGCUUUAAACUUUAGGAACAUGGAAGAAAUAAGUUGGAUCCUGACUUGGUCAUAUGAGAGUACUCAUAUUGCGAGUACUCACAGCAAUAAAUGACAUUUAAAUUAGUCAUGCCCAACGCAAAUUCCAUUGAUUACAGUGGUCUACUCCAAAUAGAAUUAAAUUUGGAUCCAAGGCAAUGUACAGAACUUCUUUGUCUUUGUUGAUUUGCAAGUGGCCAUACAUCAAUGUAGACUUAAGCACUUGACCUUCACUGCUCUAGACAAAAAAAGGGAGUCUGGUGAUAGCGAGCUGUAGAACUGCCUACCUUUUCUGUUUGACUUGGCAAAGCUCAUUCAUUGUUCUGUACCUUGGAGGCAUUUCACAUGCCCAUUCUCACUUUUGAGAAGAAAAUUGCAUUUUGGAUGAGUUUCAUUUGCUGGGGCAUGUAGUGGUUGAGAAAAUGGGAAAAUGAAUCAAGACACAUCUAUGAGAACAGCCAUGCUUUUACAUUUCACCAAAGAAAGAUCUAGAUGGGCACAAACACACAGUCUGGUAAAUUCUGCCUCUUAAUAUAUAGCUACAUGAUGUCUGGGUGAAAACACUUGACCAUUUAUCAUGUCAUGUGCACGUAAAUUCUUGAUAUGGGAAAGUUUCACUAUUCCUCUAAGUUGUUAGUUCAGGUACAGAACUGUUGUUAAAUCUUCCUCAUUACUUAGCAGGACAAGUUAGCUGGCUUAUCCAAGAAGUUGACUUGGCUAUGCAAGUCACCAUUUGGUAAAAAGUAUUUUUGUAUGCACCUGACUUUUGUUAGAAGCCAAAUUCCACAUUAUAUUAUCAUUUUGCAUGUAUAAGUUCUAAAAGCAAGUAGGACAUUCAGAUAUAUAAACAAUGCUAGAAAAUUCAAAAGGUAUUCAAUUUCACAGCAGAGAUAAGAAUAUCAUACUAUGUUUUCCACACUAUUAGCCAAGAUUUUAGCAGGGCACAUUAACCAUUAAUGUUCUCUCUCACUGCUUGUAUAUUCAGUGGGAGCACUUUGCUAUCAAUAUAAUGAGUUAGAUCUGGACUUAAUCACGCUUAGAAGAAGACUGAUUAAAAGCAAAGGAACUUAGUCCAGACUAAUGAAGGACCCUUUGGUUUUCAUCAGUUUACUCUAAGUAUAACUAAGUCAUGAUCCAACCCAAAAAACCUAGAUGUUUAGAUGUGUGUUUUUCUUUAUUAGCUACACAGAAUUCAUCUAGCAAAAUUCACCCAAGUAGGAGUUCACUAGGUAUUCUAAAAAUGUCCCACCAGCCAUUAUAGAAAUGGGAAGUAAGAUACUUGAAGGAGGAGCAAAAUUUGUAUGUAUGUUUAGAAAAUAAGCAGCUUGCUUCAGAAGGCAAAACUGCAGCUCAGGCUGUUUAUGAGCAGUAGGUAUUAAGAAUAUAAAGCCAGGCUGUUUUGAAAGAUUUUUUUGCAUAAUGUAAUUAGCCAGUACAGCAUUACCUGUAAAUAGAAUAUUUAAAGUUCUGUUCACACAAGAGCCAAAAUAAAAACUGGGAAUUGUGGUAGUUGGAUCCACUCUAUUUACCAGACUAGUGAUACGUUGUUCAGAAGCAAGAGGAAUGGAGAUAGAUUUGGAUUCCUCAGAUCAUGAUGUUGAUCUCUUUCGCUUCAGUCAGUAGAUUUUUGUGAUUUAUAUAUCUGUUCUUAUUUUAUUUUUAUUGCAUUUCUUCUGUAACAAAGAAUUAUCAUUUGAACCAUGGCUCUGCUUCUGUGUCAGCUCUCUGGAUUCAGUUAUUACAAAACCACAAUCAGCAAUGUAAUACAAUGUACACAUGAAUAAAAAUGUCUGUGGAAUUGCAAAGGAA